GGCAGGAGGGGUGCAGGAGCCCGGUGAAAGAACAGAUGAGGAGGUCGGGGCAGCCUUACAGCUCAGGGUCCUAGUGAGGGGGAUGAGCCCGUGGGUGUGUGCAGGAGAGGAGAGGGCAGACCUGAGGACAGCGAGCGACCGGGACCAUAACGUCAAGAAAAAUGCAGAGUAGGACUAGGAAGAGAAGCGUGUAGGGAUCUCGUUGAGUGGAAAACAAACAAACAAACAAAAAAUUUGAGUUCGGACGGGAGUUGGACAAAGAAGAUGCUGCAGGACUCUGAGCAGCGAAGGGCUUCGGGAAUGGAAGCAGAGGGGAUAGAGAGAAACUGAGGCCCGCUGCAGGGAGACUCCGAUGAGAUAACAGGAAGCUGGCUGCCUGGCAACGCGCUCCAGGCUGCUUGCAUUCCCUGGGGAUCCUAGGGAAGCCGCUUAACCCUACAUGAGGCCCCAUUCUUCUGGUGCCAGGCCUUGGGCUAACGCUUUUGUAGGAAAUGACCCAGAAAUCAUGGCGCGGUGGUGCCUAGAUGGGUUUCCCAACGUCCCUACCAUACCAUGGCGAGAACUGUGGAGACGGGGUUCACAACAGGCCCGCUCACCUCCAGACCAGAGCUACAGGGAUCGUAGACACUUAAGGAGGAAGGGGAACCUACACUCUUGCGGACAAGAUCGAGAGGCUUCAGAUAGAGUGGAGAUGUUGUCUCCCUCAGGUUUUGCUGGACUGGUUCCUCCCUCCCACUUCCAAGCUCGGCCGAGAAUGGCCCCGACCUGGGCUUCAGACAUUCCCCAGUUCCAAUCCACAUUUGACCAAGAUGUCCUAGAGAGGCGGCAGCUGGACUCUCAGAGGCCCACAGUGACCAUGAGGGAACAGGAUGUCUAUGGAGAUGGGCAGGGGCCAGGGCAGAGAGGCAGGUCUCUGGAGCUGAGGGUCUCCGGUGCCCUGAGCCAGCAGGCGGAGCUGAUCUCCCGGCAGCUCCAAGAGUUACGACGGCUGGAGGAGGAGGUUCGGAUGCUCCGGGAGACCUCCCUGCAGCAGAAGAUGAGGCUGGAGGCUCAGGCCAUGGAGAUGGACGCUCUUGCGGUGGCAGAGAAAGCUGGCCAAGCUGAGGCUGAGGGCCUGCGCGCUGCCUUGGCUGGAGCCGAGAUGGUCCGGAAGAACCUGGAGGAGGGGAACCAGAGGGAACUGCAGGAGAUUCAGACUCUGCACCAAGAGCAGCUAUCCUCAAUGACCCAGGCUCACGAGAUGGCUCUUGCCAGUCUGACCAGCAAGGCCGAGGGCUUGGAGAGGGCCCUGAAUAGCCUGGAAAUGAAACGGGCAGGGGAAAUCAAACAGCUGUCGGUGGCCCAGAAGGAGACCGAGCUGCUUCGGGGUCAGCUGAGCAAGACUCAAGAAGAGCUGGAAGCUCAGGUGACCUUGGUGGAAAGUCUGAGGAAGUACGUGGGGGAACAAGUCCCUCCUGAGGUUCACAGGCAGGCAUGGGAGCCAGAACGGGAGGAGCUUCUAGACACCGUGCAGCACUUGAGGGAGGACCGGGCUGACCUUCAGGCCACCGUGGAGUUGCUGCAGGUUCGGGUACAGAGCCUCACGCACAUGCUUGCCCUGCAGGAAGAGGAGCUGACCAGGAAGAUCCAGCCUUCAGAUGUGCUGGAGCCCGAGUAUCCUAAGAAGUGCCGAUCUCUGCUGAGCAGCUGGCGGGAAAAGGUGUUUGUCCUCAUGGUACAACUCAAGGCCCAGGACCUGGAGCACAGGGACUCCAUGAAGGGGCUGAGGGACCAGGUAGCAGAGCUCCAGGAACAAGUGAUGGCCCAGAGCCAGGAGCAGGCCAUCUUGCAGCAAGCCCUGCAAGACAAAGCGGCGGAGCUGGAGGUGGAGCGCAUGAGCAUCAAGACCCUGCAAAUGGAGCUGAAUCGGGCUCAGGAGGCCAGGCGGCGGCAGAAGCAGCGGACAGACUCUGUCGAGGAGCAGCUGAAGUUCGUGGUCAGCGCCAUGAAAAGCACUCAGGACAGCAUCCAUGGCACCAUGACCAGGCUGAACCAGACUGUAGCCCGGAUUCCCAGCCUCAGCAACCGACUCAGCUAUGCCAUCCGGAAGGUCCACACCAUUAAGGGUUUGAUGGCUCGAAAAGUGUCCCUUGCUCAGCUGCGCCUGCAAAGCUGUCCCCCGCCCCCACCCGCACCCCCAGUGGAUGCCGACCUGAGCCUUGAGUUGGAGCACCUUCGGGAAGAACGGAACCGCUUGGAUGCUGAGCUGCAGCUGAGUGCCCACAUCAUCCAGCAGGAGGUGGGCCGGGCCCGGGAGCAAGGGGAGGCAGAGCGCCUGCAGCUGAACGAGGUGGCCCAGCAGCUGGAGCAGGAGCUGCAGCGUGCCCAGGAGUCCCUGGUCAACGUGGGGCAGCAGCUGGAGUCGGCCCUCCAGGGGCAGCAGGAGAGCACAGAGGAAGCUGCCAACCUCCGGCAGGAGCUGACACAGCAGCAGCAGAUCUACGGGCAAGCUCUGCAGGAGAAGGUGGCCGAGGUGGAAACUCGGCUUCGGGAACAGCUCUCAGACACAAAGAGGAGGCUGAAUGAGGCGCGGAGGGAGCAGGCCAAGGCCGUGGUUUCCUUGCGCCAGAUCCAGCACAGAGCCACGCGGGAAAAGGAGCGGAACCAGGAGCUCAGACGCCUUCAGGAUGAGGCCCGGAAGGAGGAGGCUCAGCGUGUGGCCCGCAGAGUGCAGGAGCUCGAGAGGGACAAAAACCUCAUGCUGGCCACCCUGAGGCAGGAGGGUCUCCUCUCCCGUUACAAGCAGCAGCGGCUGUUGGCAAUGCUUCCCCUGGGAACCGACAAGAAAACCGUGAGGUUCAGCCCUCAGCCUGAGGUAUCCCCAGAGCACGGGUGUCCAGCGGCCUCACCGCCCAGGGAGUGUACGAAAGAGUCCCUGACUGCCCUGUUCGAAAACCUGCAAGGCCUGAGCGAGGCCAUUUCCAGAGAGGAGGCUACAUGCCCAGAAGAUAAACAGUACACUCAGUGCCCCCCGUCAGACUGCUGCUGAGCCGGAGCUGCCAGGGGCGGCGGUGAAGCCAGCCUAGAGCCAGCCUGGAGCCGGAUCCCCCAGGAUGGUUGGAUUGGGACGAUGUCGGCCAGCCUGUUUCCCGGCAAGCCUUGGUUACCCAGCUUCCUUCCACCAAGGCUGAAUUCCGCAAAAAAUAAAGAUGGCUGUAGUGGA